AUGCCGCUGCUGCGGAGACCCCCGGCGGAGCCCCCCGCGGACCGGGACCCGUUCUCGGCGGACCCCGAGGGUCGCCGCCGCCGCCGCGCCACCCUGGGCGGGCUGGACGCGGGGGCGGCGCGGAGACCCCCGGAGGAGGCGGCGGGGGCCGGGAACAAGCGGGGGUCGCUGCUGAGGCUGGCGCUGGGUACGUGGGGACAGCGCGGCACCGAGAGGGGGGCGCCGGCCGAGGCACCGGCGGGGGGCGGCGGCGAGGGAGCGGCGGGAGAGCGGCGGGAGAGCGGCGGCAGAGAGCGGGACGGCGGCGGGAUGGAGCGGGAGAGCGACCGGGAGCCGCUGUCCGUGCUGGAGAUCCUGGAGCUCAUCCAGCGCCGGCACCUGGUGGCCGCGGACGCUCAGAUCAUCGCGCUGGAGGCCGAGUGCUCGCUGUCCCCCUCGCCGCCUUCCUCCCCAUCCCCGCCAUCCUCCUCCUCCUCCUCCUCCCCUCCGCCGUCCCCGGUGCCCUCCGGCGGCCGCCGCGCCCGGGACGUGGCGCUGCUGUACCGGGCGCUGCUGUCGCAGCUCUGGGCCGUGGUGGCCGAGUCGGUGGCGGAGCCGCCGCCCGCGCCGGCGCCGCUGCGCGCCGUGGUGGCCGUGCUGGAGCAGGAGGAGGCGGCGGACGCUCGGUGCCCGCCGGGGGCGCGCCCGGGGCGGCCGCGGGCGCUGCGGCGGCGCUGGGGCGAGGCCGUGGCCCGGGCGGCCGGGGAGCGGCUGGCGCGGGCGGCGCCGGCGGGCGGGCUCGGGGCGCGGCUGGCCGCGCUGGCCGCCAGGGUGGUGGGCGACCUGGGGGUCGUGAGCGGCCGCGUGGCCCCCGAGUACCCGCCCGAGUGGGGGGCGGCGGGGGUCUACGCCCGCGGGUACCACCGCGCGCUGGGGCAGCAGGUGCGGGCGCUGGCGCAGCGGCCGCUGGACGUGGCGGAGAUGUACCUGCUGCUGGACUGGCACAGCAACGCCUACCCCAGCAACGCCUACCCCAGCAACGCCUACCCCAGCAACGCCUACGCCAGGGAGGUUUUGGGGCACCCCGAGGUGGGGGCGCUGCUGCGGGCGCAGGAAUUGGGGCCCCUCCUGCCCCCCGAGACCCAGCGGGACCUGGAGAGAUCCUGCAUUGCCGCGGUGAAGGCCAAGGUGGAGGUGGCCGUGGCGCAGGAGCUGCAGCUCAGCGAGGACAGGUGGCCCGAGGACGUCACCAGCCAGGACACGGAGGACGGGCUGGCCACGCGUGUCACCGGGCUGCUGCGGGCGCACGUGGACCGAGCCCCCCAGGUGACCCCCGAGUUCGGCCGGGAGAUGGCGCACAGCCUGCUGGGAGUGCUGGUGACCUUCCUGCACAGCUUCCAGCGCAGGGUGGAGCGGUUCCUGGACGCCCCCGGCGACGCGCCGCCCCCCGAGGCCACCCCCGGCCGCGCCAUCGCCCUGGCCAACUGCUGCCCCCCGCUCAGGGCGUUGGCGGAGCGGCUGGCGCAGGGCGGGCGCGCCGAGAGCGAGGAGCCGCGGCGGCAGGCGCACGCGGCGCUGGACAGGGUGACCCGGGCGUGCGGCCGCCUCCUGACGCGGCGGCUCUUCGAGGAGCUCAAGCCGCACUUCGGGAAGCUGAUGAAGCGCCGGUGGCUGACGAGCUCGGACGCCUUCGACGCCAUCGUGAUGCUCGUGACCGGCUUCGCGCAGACCCUGCGGCCGCUGCACCCCGAGCCACACCAGGCGCUGGUCAGCGAGCUGCACCGCCGCGUGCUCAUCGAGUACGUGCGGCCGCUGCUGCAGGGGCGCCUGGUGUGCGCCUCGGCCAAGGCGCGCGCCCGCGUGGCCGCCCGGCUCGGGGACGAGGCCCGGCAGCUCCGCGAGCUCUUCACGCGCCUGGACUCGGCGUCGCCCUGGCUGCACUCGGUGGUGCCGCGGCUGCGGGAGCUGCUGGUGCUGGAGGACACGGCCGCGCUGCAGAUGGAGGUCGGGGCCCUGGCCAGGGACUUCCCCGACGUCCGGCGCAGGCACGUGGCGGCGCUGCUGGACGCGCGGGGCCUGCGGGCUCAGGGGCCCCGCCGGGAGAUCCUGGGGGUGCUGCAGGACCUGGGGGGGGGCUCGGAACCGGCCCCGGGCCCGGCCCCGCCCCGGUGCCGAACGUUCUUCGCCGAGCUGGCGGCGCCGCGCCCGGUGCGCUGCCUCCCGUUCCAGCUGCGGCUGCCGCGGCUGCCGCGCCGCGGCCCCGCCCGGCCCCGCCCGUGA